AGAUACUGCUCAGCAGGCUACUAAAGAAGCAGCAGUGCCUUGGGAAGUUGAGCUACCACCGAGUGAAGGGGGACGAAAAAGUGUCCGUCUUGAAAAAUGCAUCCCCAAGUCAUACUAGUUAAUGGAGGAUGUUAACAUCCCUGGUAGACGUGCUUUGAUUACUGGGGCCACUGGGCUUCUCGGAAGAGCUGUGUACAAAGAAUUUGAACAAAAUAAUUGGCAUGCAGUUGGCUGCGGGUUACGUAGAGCUCGACCCAAGUUUGAACAAGUUAAUCUGUUGGAUAAUACUGCGGUACAUGACAUCAUACAGGAUUUUCGGCCUCAUGUCGUCGUGCACUGUGCUGCAGAAAGAAGGCCUGAUGUUGUGGAAAAUCAACCAGAUGCUGCUUCCCAACUCAAUGUCGCAGCUUCAGGAAACUUGGCAAAAGAGGCAGCUGGAAUUGGAGCAUUUUUGAUCUACAUUAGUUCUGAUUAUGUAUUUGAUGGAACAAAUCCUCCCUAUAGAGAGGAGGAUGCACCGAAUCCCUUAAAUCUCUAUGGUAAAACCAAACUAGAAGGAGAAAAAGCGGUUCUGGAGAAUAAUGUAGGUGCUGCAGUGCUGAGGAUUCCUGUUCUGUACGGAGAAGUCGAAAAGCUCGAAGAGAGCGCCGUGACCAUUAUGUUCGAUAAAGUACAGUUCAGUAACAAAUCGGCCAACAUGGACCACUGGCAGCAGAGGUUUCCUACGAACGUCAAGGAUGUGGCUAGCGUUUGCCGUCAGCUGGCGGAGAAGAGAAUGUUGGACCCUUCAAUCAAAGGAACCUACCAUUGGUCAGGAAAUGAACAGAUGACCAAAUAUGAAAUGGCAUGUGCUAUUGCAGAUGCAUUCAACCUUCCCAGCAGUCACUUGAGACCAAUUACCGACAGCCCCGUGGUGGGCGCGCUCCGCCCGAGGAACGCCCAGCUCGACUGCUCCAAGCUAGAGACCCUGGGGAUCGCUCAGCGGACGCCGUUUCGAGUCGGAAUCAAAGAGUCGCUCUGGCCUUUCCUCAUUGACAAGAGGUGGAGACAGACGGUCUUCCAUUAAUUUGUAUUUUUUUAUGACAGAAGUCAAGUCUGCGGCACUUUUUAAAGAAAAAAAAAGGAAAUAGUUUUGUAUGAAUGUCCUUCAGCCGUAACACAUGAUCUUUCAGGUAUAAAGCUCUUGCACUCGUGACAUUAUCUAAAGAGGCUGUGGCGAAAGAAACAAUCUUUCCUUUUAUCCCUUCGUUUAUAUGAGCUUAAUCUCUCGCUCUGCUUAGAGUAAAUUAUGACUUUAGGCGGCACGGUUGAAGUUGGUCAGCUGUAGACCUUCUUUUGAGUAAUGCCCAUGUCCUCUGCAGUCCUUGCCUGCCACCUGUUUACCACUAUAUAUGUGUGGAUGUAUACAGUGGUUAUUCUGAUGUGAAAAUCAUUGGCAUUUUUGGGUUUGCUUUGCCUGAGCACAGAUCAAAACGUUCCUGAAAUGUGAAACCCUUAUUUUUGCAAUUUUGAGUGGCGUUUUUCCGCUUGGGAUAUUUUCACAACGUUAGCAUACCUUGAAACGUCUUUGGCUUCAUUUGUAACUACACAUGGUAAGCACGUGCGUCUGUCUGUGUGUCUUUUGUUAACCGCCCGUUCUUUUCACGCCGUGACGUCUGGUACCUAAAGGUGCACCGUCUUUGUUUCAAGCUGUUUCCGAUAAUGAGCCUUGCGGGUUUCUCUGACCGUUCCGAAGUAACAAUAAAUAUAAUUCUGACGCGAUA